AUGGCUAGCAUUCCGGAAUUUCCGAAAUUUGAAGUUUACAGUGAUGAACAGUCUGCAGGUGUAAGAUGGAACAAAUAUGUCGCGAAAUUAGAGAAUUUAUUUGUGGGAAUGAACAUAGACAAAAAUAAAAGAAAAAAGGCAUUGUUAUUACACUACUCCGGAGAUGAAGUAUUUGAAAUAUACGAGAUGCUCAACCUUGGAACUACCGACGACAAUUAUACAGAAACAAAAACUGCGUUUCAUGACUACUUCAUGCCAAAAAAGAAUAAAGAAUUCGAAAGAUUUGAGUUUAGAAAUCUGAAGCAAAAUCAAGGCGAAACAAUAGAUAUGUAUGUAACGAAAUUACGUCAGAAAGCGGAACAUUGUGAAUUCAGUGAUAAGGAUGGUGAAAUUAAAAGUCAGAUAAUACAAGGAUGCGUAUCAAAGAAAUUAAGAAUUAAGUGCUUAGAAGAAGAAAAGGAAUUGAAAGAUAUCCUAAUUUUAGCAAGAAGUAUGGAAAUGGCGGAAAAACAAGCACACGCAAUGGACAGACAUGACAGUCUUCCGGUAAACAAAAUUAAGAAACAUCCUUCCCAGCGACGAAAGCCUGAAAAUCCUGCUUAUCAGAAAGAAAUACAGAAGUGUAGAAACUGCGGAGGAACUUAUCCACAUGCGCGAAAAUGCCCAGCCCUUGGCGCAAAAUGCAAUUACUGCCAUAAAAGAAACCAUUUCAUUGGGGUAUGUCGUAAACGGCUGAAUUCAAAAGGACAACUACACGAAAUAUCCGAAAAUAACAAUGGCUAUGAAACAAACAGUGAAGACGAAUCUUGUUCUGAAACGGAUGUGGCUUUUGGACUUAGUGUUGUAAAGAAAAUUUCAAACAAAAAAGUGCCAAAAAUAAACUUAAAAGUAAAUGGUGUUGAUGUGACUUUUCUUGUUGACACAGGAAGUAGCUUGAAUAUUCUCGACGAGUCUUUAAUCGACAAAAUGAGACCGAAGCCGAAAAUCCGAAAACAAAAACAAAAGCAUAUGCAUUCGGUCAAAACAAACCAUUGUCUAUAA